GGAGGAGGAGGAGGAGGAUUUCCCCCCGCGGGACGUGUGCCGGGCACGGCACAGCCCCCGAAACCGAUGGAUGAUGCUGUACAGAAGAUACCAGUCGUAUUGUCAUCGCCUGCAGCACGACAUGUAUUUCCUUACAAGCACUAGCCGACUGAAUGAGCAAGUGGUUGAUAAAAUUAUCCUUCAACUUAACAGAGUCUAUCCCCAAAUUCUUACCAAUGAAGAAGCAGAAAAGUUCAGGAAUCCAAAGGCAUCACUCCAUACCAGACUCUCAGAUCUGUUAAAGCACCUUCAAAAGAAAGGAGACAGACACUGUCAGGAGUUUUACAGGGCUCUGCAGAUCAAUGCUGAACAGCUGUUUAAUGACCUGCCAAGUAGGAAAAUCUUGAAAACCCCAGAUCCCACAGAGAUAGACACUGACAAGGAGCAAUAUAUGCUAAAUGACAGGGGCCCAGUGUUUUUCCUGGCCUGCUUCAGCGUGGCUGCAGGACUUGCCCUGUUUUGGUAUUGCUGUAACUCAGAUACAAAAGUCAUAGGAAGAGCCAGGAGAAUCUUGGGCUUUUCUCCUAUUAUCAUAAGAAGACAUGUUAGAAAUAUUUGUAUGUUGUAUUUGGAAGACAUAUCAAGAGAAUAAGGAAGAGCUGCCUCUUUGCCUGUCUGUGCAGUAACCUGCCAAGGGAAGCCAACGGUGCAUAAAUAUUAAUCUCCUAUGCUCAUACCAAAGAUUUUAUUAACUAGCUUCAUCAAUAAUUGCCUUGCCUCCAGAUGUAUUCAGAAUUUCAGCUAUAAAUGUCCUUCCCUCUGGGAACGGACCAUUUAUUUUUGUAAAUGCUUAUUUUAAAAUAUUUAUCGUUUGGAUAAAGAAGGUAUUUUUUAAUACAAGCUUUAAAACGAUCUCCUAA